GUCCAAUUCUGCCGCUUUUUUACUUUCCUACCGCCUUUUUUCUCAGUUGAUUGUUAGUUACCUUACCUAGCCACUGAAAGUCGAUCGAUUCCGGCCAUUGCAGUCAUUCAUUCUCACCCGUACCAACAAAAAAACAACUCCAACAGCCAAAGAAAUAAAUCUAAACGAGAGAAAACCCCCCCCUAAAACAAAAACGCAAUGAGCUCCUCCCGCGAAAACUACCAAAUCCCCUCCUCCGCCGCCGGCGCGGCUACCGGCGGUGCGGCCUCGGGCGCGCGGAGCAGCGCGUUCGACGUGGACGGCGGCGCGACCAUGCACUACAUCUGCGGCGACUGCGGCACCAAGUUCCCGCUGAAGCGCAACGACCCUAUUCGCUGCAAGGAGUGCGGGUGCCGCGUGCUGUAUAAGGAGCGCACCAAGAGGAUGGUGCAGUUCGAGGCGCGGUAACGGGCUAUACGGAAUAAAACGGAAUAGAACGGGAUGAUAGAUACGCGCCUGAUCCUUAAUAGUGGAAUCUGAUGGUUUGGUGUCCCGUUUGGCUAGUCGCACCAUCUCAAGAUAGUUUCCUUACGCGGCAGAGAUACCACAUCGUGAACGACGCGUAGAAACAGGGCAGAAAUCGUUCUUAGGGGUUCGACAGGAUGUUCGGAAGCUGUCUGCGUCGCUACAGCCCAUAGCAUGUAACCUGGAGUUUGGGCGUUGGUUUACUAAGGGAACAAAGAUAUUCAAGUCUCAAGGAAUCGAGCAAAUCAAAAAU